AUGGGUAUGCUCAUCGCCCCUCCCCCUGUGCUUUUCCUCAGCCAUACUCAUUCAUUCAAUAAGGUCUGCAUCAUCAUCGAGUCGUCGAUCCUCAGUUAUGCGACUAGUUUAGGCUAUGGGCUGCACAUCUGGGACUUUGACAUGCGCAACAUAAACACGCUACUCUUACCCGCCAACGUGGCCGGCACCUUCUCCGUGACCGCCGCUGUCUGGAGCAAGACAUCGUUCGGCCUGACACUUCUGCAAAUAACGGACGGCUGGUACAAAAAGGUCACCUGGUUUUGCAUCAUCUCCAUGAACGUCGCCAUCACCGUAUCCGCGCUCUUUCCCUGGAUCAGCUGUAUGCCGAUCCACAAAGCUUGGGACAUGACCGUCGAGGGCACAUGUUGGGACCCCAGAAUCGUCGUCUACUACAACCUCUUCUCCUCCGGCUACUCGGCGUUGAUGGAUUUUACCCUGGCGCUGCUUCCGUGGAAGUUUUUGUGGGGUUUGCAGAUGAAGCGCAAGGAAAAGCUGGGCGCUGGUCUUGCAAUGAGCAUGGGCAUAUUCGCCGGUGCCACCGCCGCCGUCAAGACCAGCAAGAUCCCGAGGCUGCUGGCGCCAGAUUUCGCGGAGGGGAUCACGCUCUGGAUUUGGGGCAACGCCGAGGUCUGCUCCUCCAUCAUCGCCGCCAGCAUCCCAAUGCUCCGUGUGCUGUUCCGCGAUGCCAAAACAUCUCUCCAACACCACCACCGCACGCCAAGCAGCUUUUAUGACAAGGAGAUGGGCAUCGGCAGCAGCAACAACCACAGUAGACGAACCGCUACGAGCAGACCUCCUCUGCCGGGCAACAGCGAUCAUGACCUACACCUGCAGAAGUCGGUUGACGACCGCAGCGACCGGAGCAUGCUGGGUGAUGAUGGGGAGGGGCUGCAGACGGAAGACGGGAUUCUGCGGGUGACGGAUAUUACGGUGGAGUAUGAUAAGAGGUCAAUCGCGACAAAGUAA